AUGCACGACCGGUCCGGAGUCCAGACCCGAAUAUCCGACAACGAAAGGACUGCUGCAAAAACAAAUAGGACACAUCGUCCCAUAGCACCAACACACACAAACCAUGACCACACCACACCAAACCUCUCUCUCUUNACAGGAAGUGUAUUUGGGAAUCGAUUAGGAAUGGACAUACAAGUUGAUUACUUUACCAGUACAAGGAAACAGUUUGAUAAGCUUUUAGGUGAAGAUAAGGCUAAAGAUUACAUUAGAAAGUCAUUAUUCUCCAUAGUCAUCGGUUCAAAUGAUUUUCUCAACAACUAUCUAGUCCCUUUCGUCGCUGCUCAAGCAAGGCUAACACAAACUCCUGAUAGUUUUGUUGAUGACAUGAUUAGUCACCUCCGCAACCAGCUCAAGAGAUUAUAUGAUUUGGACGCUCGGAAAUUUGUGGUGGGAAAUGUGGCUCCAAUUGGAUGUAUACCGUACCAGAAAUCGAUCAAUCAACUGCAAGAUAAACAGUGUGUUGAUUUGGCAAACAAAUUGGCUCUUCAGUACAAUGCUCGUCUCAAAGAUCUCUUGAUGGUGGAAUUGAAAGACAGUUUCAAAGACGCACACUUCGUUCAUGCCAACGUUUAUGAUUUAUUCAUGGACCUCAUUGUCAACUUCAAAAACUACGGGUUUAGGACGGCGAGUGAGGCGUGCUGUGAGACGAAAGGGAGAUUGGCGGGGAUAUUGCCAUGUGGACCAACAUCGAGCCUUUGUACGGACCGGUCAAAGCAUGUCUUCUGGGACGCGUACCAUCCUACCGAAGCGGCUAAUCUUCUCAUUGCUGACAAAUUGCUUUACGGUGACUCCAAAUUCGUUACUCCCUUUAACGUCCUCCACCUUCGUGAUCUUUGAGAUUUUACCCUUUUUGUCUUUUUUUUUUUAAAAAAAUGUAAUUUCUUUUUCGACUGUUGUGAGUAUCUUUUUUUUUUUUUUAAUGGUUAUAUAUAUUACCUAUAAAAACAUGUUUUCAUCUUUUUCAUGAUUCAAAUUAUAUUGUAGAAUUGUGGUUUGUUU